GUGCGUGAGUCCGGCCCCCACGAGCUGCCGAGCCGCCCGCGAGCUCACACCGGCUUCUCUUCAGCCUCAGCCAGUGCGCUGCGGUCGCCGUCAUGCUCGCCGCCGCCCUUCGUCGCUGUACCGCAGCCGCGGCCGCCCGAAGCUUCCUGCACCCCGUCUCGGCCUCCAGCUCCGCCGCCGGUAAGGCCCGCGCCCGCCACAGCCCGCGCCCGCGUGUCCUUGCUGUGACCUGGGCUCCCGCCGCCACUCGAGGAUGUGACUCUUUUUUUAACUUGACAGGGAUGAACACACUUGUUGGCUAUGAUCUGGUUCCUGAGCCCAAAAUCAUUGAUGCUGCUUUGCGUGCAUGUAGACGGUUAAAUGAUUUUGCUAGUGCUGUUCGCAUCUUGGAGGUUGUUAAGGACAAAGCAGGACCUCAUAAGGACAUCUACCCCUAUGUCAUCCAGGAACUUAGACCAACUUUAAAUGAACUGGGAAUUUCCACUCCAGAGGAACUGGGCCUGGACAAAGUGUAAACCCCUCUAUGGGCUUCCCAAGGACUCACUGCUAUGCUACUUGAUUGAAACAGUCGUCUGGAAAUGUUUUAUUUGAACAAAUUUUCCUUUGAGUAUCAAACCAUGUAAUAGUAACUUGGACUUUAAUAAAGGGAAAUGAGUUUGAACUGAAA